GCCAAAUUAUGCCGAGCAGCAGUUGAGUUAGGAUCUGGGAUAUCUGCGCACGCGUCGUACAUUUUAAUUGGUUCACGCAGCGGCAUUGUCAUAUGACGAAGCUGCGUGGCAUCAUGGGAAGCAGGUCGCAAUUUUGCAACAUGGCGGUGAAUUGAGCCAAAGUCGCGGUCCUGUGCCAUCAGAAAAUGUAUUUUUCAUAGUCGAGCAACUUCUUUUAUUGUACUCUUGAUGUAUGCGACAGUGUAGUACGGGUUCGGGUCGUGUUAGACGAUACACUGUGCAUGUAAAUAUGAGUGUAACGAAGCACAACGUUAUUUCGAAGGUGACACCCCGCAACUCGGUGUGGUGUUCGACCACGUAUGGCAGAGACUAGAAUCCGAGAUAAGGAAGCUCUGCUUCGCCUAAGUAAUACGUAUCGCCAAUCAAAAUUACCACCACAAAGUAGCGAUGUGGUGGUUACCCAAUCCGAACUGUGAAAAUAUAUCUGCAAAAUUCAAAAAUUUUGUCGGUUAUUGUAACUUGUGAUCGUACAUGUGUGCCAAACAGAGAUAUAUAAGAGGGCAUUGAAGAGACCCAAUGGUUUCCUGACAUGAUGGAAGGUAAUCUAUAUGUGAAAAAUGAGCCGGGACUUGACGGGCAAUCACUUGCAAACCCACAACCGAACCCAUCCUCAGAGGAUACAGGAGGUGCCAGGGUUUGUUUCGUUUGCGGUACGAUAGGCCAUGGGGAACAAUAUUGGCUGAGAGUGAAACCAAGUCCGGGUGGUGCACCAAACGAACCUUACUUUCCAUUUCUUGAGUCCCAUGAACCACCUAAUGGGUAUCGUGGUGAGGGAGCUAGAAGCGGAGCAGUUAGGGCAUGCAGUCUUUGCUACGCCUUGCUGUUACAGCAAUGGGAGAGUUACGAACAGGAUGCUAGACCUCAUAGUCAACGAAUUUAUUGGUUAAAAAGAUGCGACGGUGGUCCAUUUACGGGGGCUGAGAUGGCUCUUCAAGGGGAAUACGCGGCUCAAGUCCUGGGCUUAACCAAUGACCAAACUCCGCAGCUCAGACCCGAAAACCGACCGAUUGGAAUCUCUCCGCGACUUCCGCUGAAUUCACCAUCGCCUAGAGUGGAACAGACAAGGCCAUCAUCGAAUUCCAUUGAACUGCCAAGACCACAUUCUAAUACAGCAGAAACGCACAGACACUUGGAACAAGCGAGGCUUGCAAUGGAAUCUCCCCAUCAAAGACUGCAAUCGCCGCAUCAAAGGUUACAAAGUCCUCGACAGCUUGUAGAAGAUUCGAGAAUAUCGAACGAAGCGGCAUUGGAUUUAAGACAUGCACCUAGGAGUUCACCUGCACCACAACCAGCUUUACCACCACAACCUCAACCCAUUUACAGCGGAGGAUCGACGUCGAGCGCCGGCACUGAUAUCUUGGAUCUCUCAAUGCCAGAUAAAAAUUCGGUUACGGAAGUCUGCUACGUAUGUGGGGAUGAGUUCACGCGAGGAUCACUUAGUCACAUUGCAGCAAAACCACUGCCAACCCCGCCACAUCCUUCCGCCAGUCCCUCGCCAUUUUUUCCUUCGCUAAUGCUUCAUCCAAGACCAAGUAGGAGCCGACCAAUGGAUAGCGCUGGGCGUGUACAAGCCUGUUCAGCGUGUCAAAAUCAUCUUCUGUUACAAUGGAAGGAAUAUACUGACCAAGGAGUUCCACACGGUGAUCGGAAUUAUACGCUUCGUAAACGCCAAGCAGCUAUAAUAGAGGCAACUACUUUUACCUGUUACACUUGCGCGCUUGACUACCCUUCGAAAAAUAUUAGACUUAUUUACUGCUGUCGUAAUCCCGAGAAGGAAACGUACUAUCCUUUUAUUUAUUCUCUGAGACCUCCGCAAGGAGCUAGUCCUAUUAGCCCUCAGGGAAUGGUGCAAAUUUGCUCCGUUUGUUAUAAAAAUUUGCCAGAAAGACAGCAAUUAUUCGGCGAAGAAAAUCGCGAGGGUCAAGCGUGUAUGCAGAUGGUGGAUUUUCGACAACGGGGUCCAUCUCCGAGACCGGUAGUGUCAAAGUCCCCAGCCAAUUCUGCUGGCAGUGAUAUUCGUUUCAAACCGUACGAUUUGAACAAAUCGAGCGUUGCUACGAACAAACAACGUAGCGCAACGAUAAAAGGAUCCACCCCUGGGCAACGAAACUCUCCGAACAACGGGCCCGCCGAAAAUGGGACUGUUGCUCUCGGCCAAAACUAUAGGUGCUAUAUUUGCGAGAGAUUGUAUCCUCGUUCUCACAUGAAAUGGUUGUCUACGAGUCCGGAAGGAAUGAAUUCGCACGCUAUGCAUUUUCCAUGUUUAAGGGGAAUGGCACGUACAUCGGAAAAUGCCUGUAUGGAUAGUCACGGUAGGGUGUUAGCUUGUACUCACUGCGUGAAUCAUCUUGCCCAACAAUGGGAAAGUAUGGAUGCUGAACGAGUUCCUUUAGAACGUCGCAGGUAUGAUAUUCCUAGUCCACAUCCAAACGGCGACGUGAAUCGAUCAAUCGCCACCCCACCGAGUUCUAGUUCAGAUCGAACGUUCGGCAGUAACCCAGGCACAUCGAGCAGUUCUAUAUAUUGUUUCUUAUGUGGCUUGCAUAGUGAUUUAACCCUCGCAAGAGUGUUGUACGGUCGGCCUCAGGGUCGUAACGCACCAUUUUUCCCUGAAUUACUACGUCAUCAGUCUCCGCCGAACGCCGAGCAACUUAGGGAAGACGGUUCUGCGCUAGUAUGCACAUUCUGUUAUCAUUCUCUUUUGGCGCAGUGGCGUCGUUACGAAUCUCUUCCCAGUGGUCAACAAGCGAAUGCCGCGGAAAGGCAAUACAACACGCAUGAUUACUGUUGUUACGUUUGUGGUAUUACGACGUAUAGGAAACGCGUGAGAGCGUUACUCGUGAAGGACUUCCCGUUCCUGAGAUAUCACAGACAACCUGAAAAGAGCCUGUUAUUGGAAAACGGAGAUUUCGCGGUGGUCUGUUUAGACUGUUACGAAACAUUGCGCACACAGAGCCUCGAAUACGAACGAUGGGGCUUACCCGUUGAAAAACGCGAAUACAAUUGGAUAGUGCAACCUCCGCCGCCGGAAGAUAGCCCUGACGCAGCUGUCGCGAGAUUGCCAUCCGGUGAAAGAUCGGAGAAGGUGGUGCCACCGACGUUAACGGUUAAACCGGCACGGAAAAACUGUUCACCGAAGGCACCGGAUAAGAAGGUUCCGGUGAAAGUUCCAGAAAAAGACCAAGGUCUUCAGCCUGCCAGCACCAAAGCGCCACCCACCACGAUCAGCAAAUCUCACAGACCCAGUUCCGGCGUUCUACCACAGGGUCAUACCCCUGGACCGGGUCCAGGUGGACAACAGAACAGCAGAAGCUUCGCCGCCGCUCUACGAAACCUAGCUAAACAGGCAGGCCCUGCUCCUCAGGAGGAAGAACCUCGUGCGAGUCCUAAGAAUCGGGCGCCACCUCCUCUGGUUAGAGGUCCUUCGCCUGCUAAGGAACGAUCUACGCACGAGAGAAGACCAGAGGAGAUACAGUCGUUGUACACGAAUGCGAGACCCGCGGAUACCAGUAAACACAGCGUAACUGCCGCCGCUUCCGAAUUGUUGGCUCGUUCGGGUUUUCAACCGUACCGGCCUGAACACCAUCCGGCCCACGCUCCACCGGCUUUUGCCCUGGACCCUGCGGCCUACAAUCCUUAUCAUCACGGUCUCUAUCCACCACCACACCUCCAACACGCUUAUAGAUUAGAGGAACAGUUGUACUUGGAACGGUGUGGAAUGCUGAGACCACCGAUAUUUCCUGGCUUACCUUCGUAUCCUCUGUACGGAUUGAGAUACAGUCCGGACAUGCUACCUCCCGCGUCUCUUGGACUGAUGUCUCCCGUAAUGCACGAGCGGCUGAAACUGGAGGAGGAGCACCGGCUGAGGCAAGCGCGAGAGCAAGCCGCAUUACGGGAGGAGGAGGAGAGGAGAAGAGCGGCACGAAAUUCCGCUCCUGCAGCCCCGGUACCCGCGCCUGCACCUGCAUCCGCCGAUACUGCAGCUAGGAAGCCGACCAUAGCGGCUCAGAUGCAUAGCGAGCGGGAGCGAGAACGCGAGAACAGAGAUCGGCCAAGCGGCAGCAGUAGCGGAGGCGGCGGCGGCGGCGGCGGAGGCGGCGGAGGCGGAGGCGUCAGCGGAGGCGGUGGAAAUACCAACAACAACGCUAACAACUGCAACAACGGUAACAGUAACGUUGGAUCUGUCGGUAACAGUCAUCAUCCAUCGAGAAAAGAAGAGCAGUCUUCCGCUCCUCCUCCUCCGCCAACAGUAGCACCGCCACCACCACCACCACCACCGCCACCACCACAACCACCACCACCACCGUCAUCGGAUCCAACAGCAACAGCGAACAUCUACCACUCUCGUUUGUCAGCGUUUCCGAAUCCGGCAGCUCCCAUUGGACCUCCACCGUCCUUGGGUUCGGCUACUAUCUGUUCCGUUAGUUCCGCGGCCAUGCCGCCCCCUAUGGCUUCUACCCUGCCCCCUUUGAACCUCGGACCUCCGCCAGCAAUAAGCUCCGCGCCUAUCGGCGGCCCUCCACCUAUUCCUUCUAUACCACCCUCUAUGUCGUCCUUGACGCCAGCGGUGAUAGGACCGCCACCGCCACCACCUCCAUCCCUCACUAUGCCAUUGGCGCCUAUCAUCUCUAUACCUUCUCUCCAUUUGCCCUCCGUAUCCUCGACUACUAUUCAUUCUAGUCAGCAUACAGCUACGAUAAUGAGCAGCGCGACAACUACGGUUACAACUUCUAUAUACCAUCAGCAACAACAGCAGCAGCAGCAGCAACAACAACAACAACAACAACAACAGGUGCAACAGUCGUCACAAGCGUCGCUAGCAGGAUCGUCGAUAACGUCGCAACAAUCGCAGCAUCAACAACGUUGUAACAGCGCGGCCGGUACAACGACCAGCAGUACCAGUUUGUCAAGCAGCGGCACUAUGACAACACACGGGACACACACUCUAACGACAGCUAACGCGGUCCCCUCGAUUAUGAAUAGCGUCAAUCAUAUGACCACUUUGACUCACAAAUCGCCACCGUUGUCUCAUGCUAUUCAUAGCUCGAGAAGCAAAGAAUCCGGUACGGUCGCGAUAAGUACAACGACGAACGCUUCGAACACGAGCACCAGCAGCACGGCGAUCGCCACUACCACCGCCGUCACUACAACGAACGCGUUGGCGACAAUCUCGCAACAACCGCCUUUCGUCAGACCGUUCGAAGAUUCCUUUCGCUCAUCGUCGAAACCUCAACAGAGGCCCAUCGUGAACAGUCAUAAUCAUAGUAUAACCAAUCAAAUUUCUUAUCAGGAGUCACCGGUAAAAUCGAUAGCCACUUCGACCACAACGCCCCAAACGAUCGCCGGACAGAUCGCCGAGAAUUCCGUUGCGGAUAACACGAAGAGCACGAAUCUUCAGCAAUCGCUGUCACAUCCGAUUCCUUACCCGCCUCAACAAUUUCAUCAUCCGCAUAUACCUGUUUCGCACGUAGCUAAUUUGUACAAACCGCCGCCGCAUUUUUCUUCUUCGCCUGCUCAUCAACAUCACUCGCAACCGAAAGCGAACGUACCAGUGACACCAGCCGCUAGCAACGGUGGCAACGCGAAUAACGGCAGCGGCACGGCAGUAGCUGUGGCCAAUUCUAACAGUACGAAACAAAGCGCGUAUCACGCCAACGAGAACAAUCAAACAGUGGCGGUGACAGCGGCAGCGGUUCAACGAAACGAAGCCCCUUGUUCGUUGUCGUCGUCACCGCCGUCAUCGUCCCCAUUGUCGUCGUCGCCGCCUUCCACCUCGUCGAACGUUCUGAAUUGCAGUUCCGUCGACAAAACGGCAACAAACACGACUUACAAUAGUAACAACGUUGGCCCUGGUAGUGGAAACAAGAUCGCGAAUCACGCGAAUUCGCAUCACAAAAGCAGCACGGAUACAUUGACGAAGGAGAGCAAAGUUAAUUCGUGCAACGAGAAGAUGGAAAAUCACGCGAAACAACAAGCAACAGCGAAUCAGCAGAAUCAUUUAGGGAAGAAUUCGCUUCAAGACAAACCGUUGACGCCCCAUUUCGCUUACGAACAACAAGGAAAGGGUCCGCCACCACCGACACAACCACCACCACCACCACCACCACCACCACCACCAUCACAACCACCGCCUCCACCGCCACCACCACCACCGCCACCACCACCACCGCCGCCACCACCACCGCCACUACCACAACCUACAUUUCAACCUAUAAAUUUUAAUCUCCUUGAGAAAGAGAUUAAACCUGAAGUAGAGUCUAAGAUACAGAGCGAUCAGAAUAGCGUUUUGUCCACAUUAUCGUUUCAAUCGAAUUUUAAGUUCAGCAUAAACGACAUCGCACAGAAGCCUAUAGAUACGACUCAGUUGAUGCAGAGCAUCAAGUCUGAGGAAGUUUUGCGUACCUGUCAGAACGUAUCCAAUGUUCUCCUGCAGAUACCAAAAUACCAAGAGAAACUGUUGAAUUUCUCGACCGAGCUAAAAACCGCAUUUUGUUUCACCGACAAGUGCAAUAAUUUGACUGAGAUUUCCGUGAAGUGCGAACCAGCGGUGUUAAAUGUGCCUGACCUGAGCAAGGCUCUAGUCAAACAAGAUGUUACGAGCGAAAAGUCUUUUCUUGUACCUGAGAAACCGAAAGAGUUGACGUCCUCGCUAGAUCUAGCCGAGAAGAGAAGGAAAAGAAAACGGGAGAGGAACACAAGCCUUGCGUGUAGUUCCGAUUCGGAAGGUGAGGAAGAAACAAAGGACAUGGAUCUCUGGAUUAUCAAAGGUCCGCCAGCCAAGUUACAGUAUUCGGAGAAGAAGCUCGCGUUUCUCGCCAUGUUUGGUCUAACCACUUUAAGUAUGAGGAAUGAGAUAGAGCUUUGUAAAGUGGAGAAGCGGUACAGGUUAAAUCCAGAUCCACCGGAGGUACCUCUGGAGACGGAGCAAACUGUCGAGUCCGUAUUACCAAUACCGCGAGAACAUCCGGACGUAUUGCUCCAUACGCCAGAUUUUGAGCCGAAAGUUGGUUUUCUCAGGACCAUAGGCCUCGAUAUAAUGCCUCCGGGCAGGAGAGAUGAGGCAGAAGUAACGUGGCAGUACGUUCUACAAGAUCGUAAAAAACGGAGAAGUUCAAAUUCCGUGACUGCUUACUGCGAGAGAAUUGCCAAGGCGUAUUCGAAGAAUCCACCAACAUUGCCGAAACCGCCUCAAAAGAUGAGACUACUGGACAGAGUAAAAGUGAAGCAAGUACCAGAACGACCACCGCCUCUACCACCUUUGGUUCCGAACAUCGUCUCCAUGGGUUAUCCUGCUCUGCCCAUGCCCGGUGAGAAUGGGGUGAAGCAACAUUGCAAGAUCGUGGACAUUAAGAUCGUGGAUGACAAUGUAGACGACCACGUCGGUGGGAAGAACGAAAGGCCCAAGUGGACCGGCAUCGAGGACAUCAUGCUUGCUUACAGCGAAUAUUCCAAAGAGAAAGCAAUGGAAAAGAAAAUUCUGACGAGCGAAACAUCAAAAUUGGUGGCACAGUCGAACAACUUGCGUUCCGAAACUAUUCACCUGGAGCGAAGGAUAUACGAACUGUUAUCCGCGAGAACGGCUCUUGAUUCGGAGAGACGAAUGCUCAGUGAAAAAAUUGAAAGGAUUAACGCACUUGUUAGGAACCUUAGGUAGCGAUGCGUAACGCACAACACGGAAACUCAUUCAUCUGUGAUAUUAUCGAAGGGUUAAGGGUCGUUAGCAUACAGUACCAAAUAUAAAAUCUUACGACACACAGGGCAAGUAAUAAAAGUUUCGGUGAUAUGUUUUAUUGACCAAAUGUACAGCAGCCUUUCGUAUUGUUUUGCUACUAAGUGUACACCACGUGACGAUGCUAUAUAUACAGAAUACAAAAGUUCAAUAGCAGCAAAAUUUAAGCGAUGAUCGCCACGGACAUACCUUUAUAUUUCGUAAAUGACGAUCGUCAUCUCAACGAACGAACGAACGAGAACACACACACACACACACACACAUGCACGCACGCACGCACGCACACGCGCAGUAUGAAAACAAGUGUAAGAACCACUGUAAAACAAAAUUAUACCGAUAUAUAAAUGCACUUCUUAGUUUAACACUAAAGUGAUUAAUAAAGAUUUUAUAGUUUCAACUAACGGCUCUUAAACCCUAAACUAUAAAUAAUUGUAAUUUGUAUCAUAAUAUUUUAAUGAAAAAUAGACAAAUCGUAUAACUUAUUUUAUUCUGCGUAAUGUGGACUCUAUGUCAGAUAAUAACUUGAAACAAUAUGAUAUGUCACAAUUUGUAUAUGACUCGAUCGUUAAUAUUAUCUCGUGUAAAAGAAAAGCGGACAUCUAAUCGCAACGUUCAUCGAAUCGGUUCGAUGACAAUCGAAAAGUUACUCUCAAAUGUAUAGACUGUGACUUUCUUUUUCAUUUUGCGUCGUAAAUGGGGAUAGUGUAUAUGAGCUCUAUGUUAAUGGAAAUUUUCAAACUAUGAACGACAGACUGCGAUUACAGUAAAUCCGGAUGCAAAAAAAAAAGGUCGAAACCGUAGAACCGUAACGAUUACUUUUAACGUAAAAGAUGUUUCGAGAUAGAAACGACUCUAGUCUACGGACAUUCGUAGAAUACAGGAAAAUCACGUCUGAUUCCAAGAAAUCGGAAUAGUGAUCGAUCUUUCCUUUCGAUGUCCACUGUUCACAAUAAUGAACGCAAAGGCCAGUGAAUACAAGAGAAAUUAAUGUAACAACAGCAGUGAGGUACUUACGUAGGUAAAGUGACUUAAUUUAAAUUGUCUUAAUUUAAAACGUGAGACAUCGUGCGAGCACAUUCCACAUAAGAAACAUGCUUGUUACCCAACCUCCAACAUUCCACGUUCGAAUAGUAAUCUGAUCGCAAACAACAUUAAAAAGCGAAGAAAAAUCGUUCUGCUGCAAAAGGAAAAAGAUUUUUUACGUUCAACUAAAUCAGUGCUAUAUUAUGCUAAUUAAUUUCAAUCUCCUAGUACUUGUAUCUCACUCUACUCUCCGAGUAUAUCGUUCAACUAUUCAUCGUAAUACCUCCAGUAUGUAUAAUAUGAAAUCCAUUUAUAAUUUCACCGUUUUGUUCAUUGAGUGCCUAACGUUAUCCUACAUUUGUAAAUAUCAUUAUUUUUAUGUAUUGUAUAACAAAAUAAGACCACAAGAGAUUUGUUGGUCUCUAAUCUGGCCAAACCAAGAGCCUAGGAGUAAAUUGUUGAAAAUAUGAA